GAGAGGCGGCACAAGAGUUCCUGGCACGCCGCCUUGAACAAACGCUUGGUGCAGAUGGAGGAUGUCGAGGAACUGCUGAGCACGGCCGAUGAGAUGCUCACAGGGAUGGACAUGCUGAACACCAUCACUGUGCUCAACCGGCUCUCUCGCCUCAAAGGCGCUUCGAAGUUGCAUCAUGACCCCCGGGUGCUGGAAAUCUUGUACCGCAUCGAAAGCUGGCUAUCCUAUGCUGGUACUCCCGGUGCCGCUGAGAUGGUGGGCCCUGAGAUUGUCCAUGCAAGGCAUUUGGCAAGCAUCACUACUGCUUUGGCACGUUUGCAAUGGAAAGACUCCACUCCCGGCCGUUUGCUGCGCAUCGUCGCCUCCAUUGCCCCGCCCUUGCUCUCGGGCGCGCGUGCGCGGGACCUAUCGAACCUGGCCUGGGCCUUCGCCACUUUGGACCUGCGGAAGUUCGACUCGGUGUUGAUGGCCAUCGCCCGGGAAGCCGUGGUGCAGAUCCAGGACUUCACAGAGCAAAAUUUGUCCAACACCUGCUGGGCCUUUGCCAAGAUCGGUCUCCGGCACGAUCCCUUGAUCAAAGCCAUCGCAGAUGAGACGUUGCGCAAGUUGCGGCAGUUCUCGCCCCAAGGCUUGGUGAACACCCUUUGGGGCUUCGCCACCUUGGUGAUCAAGGGCGAGGAGUGCUUGGGGAAGUCCAGCUGGCAACUGAUCAACGCUCUGCUCGAGGAGAUCAUCCGGCGGCUGCCGGAGUGCACCACGCAGGAGUUGAGCAACUCCUCCUGGGCUUGCUGCCGCCUUGGGGUUCGACACGACGGUUUCAUGGCGGCCGUGGCCAGUGAAGGUCUGAAGAAAGUCUCCGGCUAUACCUGUCAAGAUUUAGCCAACAGUGCCAUGGCCUUUGCCAAGCCCAACAUCUACCACGAACACUUCCUGGCGGCGCUGGCGCACUACGCGGGCCGCAAGAUGCACCAAUUCGAGGCGCGGGAGGUGUCCAAUGCCCUCUGGUCCUUCACCAUUUUGCGGAAGAACAUCGUCAGCCCCCAGUGGUUGGACAAUGCUCUGGUGCAUUUUCUUGAACUGGUGCAGAAACGGCACUACGAAGGGUGGGAGCUGGUGCAGGUGGUGAACGCAUGCUGGCCCUAUCGCCAUGACCUCCGUCAUUGGGUUACCUUGGAGAAGACCUUCCAGGAUCGCGUUUUUACCCGUGUGGUUGAUGCUUUGGAUGCUAUUAUUGGCCGCGAUCAAGGUCUCUUGGGCAUGUCGGAACCCUUGGAAGCUCCAGUGGAGGCAGCGCCAGCACCACAGAAACUGUUGAAUGCCGGCCCUGCCACCCAUGGCAGCUUGACCAGUCCGCUGCCUCUGCGCUUGUCUCCCUUGGAAAGUGCUCGACGGAAUGCGCAGCGAUUGAUUGAUCAGCUUCAGGUGGAUUUCCUGGGUCCCAUCUUCACCCGCGUGGCCAUGCGCGACCUGCGCUUCCUGGAUCCCCGGGACCAGCGCGGCGCCAGCGCCUUUGGCCGAAGCCGCAACGGCGAGGACGAAGAGAGCCCCGAGUGGGGACGGGUGGCGCGUCAGAGGGUGGCCGAGGCGCUGGCCAGAAUCCGUGAAGAACUUAGCUACAUGUGGUUUGAUCGCUUUGGGCCUCAUGAGCGAAGAGUCAUUUCCUGGAUUGCCUUCCAACUCAAAGUGGAGAUCACUUCGGAAACCUCCAAUCAAGCGCCCUGCGAGGAGAUUUUGACCGAAGAGGGCCGCAUUUGCUCCUUCAGUUUGGAUGAGCAUCGCGCCAUGGACAAGCGCGGUCUCGAGACCUACACACGGCUGGAGUCGCAGUGGAAAGGUGAAGUGCUCUUCACACUACAAGAUGUGCGCAAAGGACAGGAGUGGCUUCAAGGUCUUUUUGCCCAACAUGACCGCGCAGGGCAUACUGAGAGGCAAGCCUUAUUGGAGGUGAUCCUGGAGAUCAUUUCCUCCAUCCGUCGUCAACGGCAGAGCCAGCGCUUGGAGCGUCUGGAACGGCAGCGCGAGUCGUCCAUUGAGCUGGGCUUGUUCGAUGGCUCCUUAGGGGCACGGGUCAGCGGCCAGAUGCGACUCUUUGUGUGCCACUUCUGUUGCAUCUCGUGUAUGGCUGCCAUUUGCAACUUCGUCCGGCGCUUUCCACACAUCCAAAUUCACAUUGACUACGAUGAUGUUUGGAAGACGAUUCUGGGCUUCGCUGUUCUCCUGCGUGCAGCUGCAGACCUGCCGCAUGACCUGCUGGACAUGAUGGCACCGGAAGGCGACGCGGAGGAUGCUGGCCUGCUGCAGCACAAGGCGCACGCCAAGGUCAAUGUGAGCAGCCCGGUGUCCAAGACGAAUCCCAUGAAGAUCUACAUGCACUACAUGCCCUGGUUCCAAAGCAAAGAUUUCAGUGGCUUUUGGGGCUACCAUUGGAAGAUGAAGACACAAGACCCUGAGCAUUUUGUGCGAGGCUCCGAGGGCUCCCAACGGAGGCAGGUGGCCUCGCACUUCUAUCCACUCAUUGGAGCUUAUGAUUCUGGAGAUCCCGACGUCUUGGAGUACCACCUGUUGUUGAUGCUCUACGCCGGAAUCGAUGGUGUGCUGAUUGACUGGUAUGGUAGCCACAAGGUCCAUGAUUAUGGUCCAAACCUGGAGAAUUCAGAAGCGCUGAUUAGCAAGAUGGGGGCCAUGGGCAUGAAGUUCGGCAUUGUGUACGAAGAGUAUGUCUGUGAAACUGUUGCCAAAGAGAAGAUGAGCCAGAUUGAAGCAGCUCAGCAAGACAUGUCCUACAUGGAGAGCAAGUAUUUCUCUUCACCGUUGUACAUCAAAGUAAAGGAGGAGAAGCCGCUCCUGCUCACCUUUGGUCCACGUUUGUUUCAACAUGAGAAGCAGUGGACCAACAUUUUCAGCGUUCUAAAGAAGAAGAUAUCCUUCGCACCCCUCUGGGGAAGUCGCAAAGCUGUCGGAUACAAGAAUGCCGAUGGCGAGUUCUCCUGGGUGGACUUUGAUGCCAAGUGCCCCAAGCUGGCAGACUUCUACCGGAAAUCCUCAGAUCCACUGAUGAUUGGUUCCGCCUGUCCCGGCUUCUACGACUUCUACGAGGAGGGUGGUGCACAGCAGGGGUUUCCACAUUUGAAGCACCAGAAUGGCGAAACGCUUCAGAAGAGCCUGGAAUUGGCAAAAGAAAGUCAGUUGGAAUAUUUGCAGUUAGUCACCUGGAACGAUUUCGGUGAAGGAACCAUGAUCGAGCCGACCGUGGAAUAUAAAUUUAAAUUUCUUGAAAUUGUUCAGAAAUUCACUGGAGUGCCAUAUGGUGUAGCAGAGCUCGAGCUGGCCACUUGCUUAAAAGGGCACCUGCGCUCAUGCAGUGCGGGAGUCUUCUUCUACUACCUCCAGCGGAAGGCCUCGCGCGCCGCGGGAACUGCGAAGGAUGCGCGGCUGGAUGCGGCUUUUAAGGCGCUGGCUACCUUAGAGGUGGAGAAGGCCAAGGCCUUGUUGGAGCAAAAGGGGAAGAAGUUCCCUGGAUUGAAGAUUGCUACACAAGGCUCUAACUAUAGACAUAUUAUAUUUGUACUUUAA